AUGUGCAACGGGUGUAGGGUAGUGUGCUGGCUGAAUGAGAAGGAGAUCAUCAAAUUGGUCAACGCGCAGGGUGACAUGGAGAGAAAGUUGUUGGAUAAGGAUUCAUUUGGAAGAUCAGAUACUGCCAGUGAGAAGAAAGCUAAAGACAAAGGGAAACCUGAGACUCCUCCAUAUUCCCUGAAAGUACCAGCUACUCCUCGGAUUGAAAAUACUACUGGGGAAAAGUUUGAGAAGAAUUUGCUCUUGAUUGGAAUUGGUACUGGAUUGGGCGUCCCCACAAUGGUUUUCCUAAUCCUGAUGGCACACCCGUGCCUCCCACCAUUUCUGGGAUCCGUGUUCUUCACUUAUGUUGGGAAGAAGCGGUGCAUAACUUUAGGGUGGUGGUCGUAUUGGGGGCAUGGACUUUUAAAUUUUUGGAUGCAUCUUGAUAUGGUCCUGGGCUUUGUAUUUACCAUGUUUGGGCUGUUUUUUCUAAGUACUUGUCUACUUCAUGACUACCUGGAAGUUUUGAACAGCAAUUUCCCAUUAAUCAAGACCGGGAAGAUUGACUCAGUCUCACUAUCCCCGCUUCGUGGAUAUCGAUAUCUGCAAAUUUUGGAGAAACAGGUCAACGAAUGCUUUCGUCGCCAUUAUUUUCCAUUGUUUCUUGGAGGAAUGACUGCUCUCACGAUAUUCUGUUUACACGCGUGCAUCAGACUACCUGGAAAAAUUCCAAUGCCAGGAUUCUCAUAUUUCCCAAUGGUUGCGUUUGAUGGUGUCGUUUCCCUCCUCAUAAUGACCACUAGGGCUGCAAAUGUGCGCGAAAAGUCAAUUUCCAUGAUCAGAAGCUGGAGUAAUUGUCAAACCAUAAAGAGGAAGCACCUCGUCAAGAAAAUGACAAAAUCCUUUGUGCCCCUCAAAGUACAAUUGGGGGGUGGCUUUGUAGAUAAGUUGACACCGUUGCUAAUUCUUAAUUUUACUGUUAGUCAGGUCGUAUCGCUCUUACUUCUCAGGUCAUAAUCAUGUAUAUGUAAUGCACACAUGGUACAAAUGUACAUACAAUAGUUGUCAUAAUUUGUAGCUCAUAUAUACAUAUAUAUGUAGAGUUGUAUUGAGUAAGUAUGUAAAUUUAAAUAUUAAUACAGUAAUGCGUGCUCAUUUUACAUAAAACAUGUAUAAAAAUACCCACUUCGAAGGAAAAUAAGACAAGCAAAAUAUGAAUAUUUC